CUAACACCUGGGGGUUAACUCCGGCUUACCGACCUCAGCUGAUCCAUCGUCUGCCACACUGGGAGGAGUGAGAGACGUGCUACAUAACAUAAUUCUCAUCCCAGGUUACCAAAUGUGUGAGGAAUUAUUACCCCUGAUUACUCUACUAUAAUGGAUAUUGACGUUACCUCCAAUGUACGACAGUUCAAAGAUUUUCUGGUCCUAUACAAUCAAAUAUCAGAACGCUGUUUCAAUUUGUGUGUGACCGGAUUUAACAACCGUGAAUUGUCCGAAAUAGAAACUGCUUGUGUGGAUCGGUGUGUUGGGAAGCACAUCAGCGUCAAUCACAAGAUUAUGUCUGUUUAUACAGAAGUACAACCCAUUUACCUUCAGAAACGUAUUGAUGAGAUGAACAAGCAGGUUGAACAGGCUCAACAACAAAACCUUGUUCAGGCUCAAGAACAGCAACAAGCAGGUCAAGAAAUUUAACUUCAGGUACAACAUAUUGCCACUUCCAAAGAAAGUGUAAAGACAUUUUGUGA